CCCACCCAACAGCAACAUCUGGAGCCGAACACACACCAGAAACCUCCAAGUCUCAACCCAGAUCAUCCCGGGAUAAAACUACAGGAUAAAACCGAGCGGCUGUUUUCACUAUCAUGUAAGAAUCUGCAGCAAGAAAAAAUGUAAAAGUGACUGAGAUUCAAGUCUAGACACAAGACAGUUGAUAAAAUUGUUCCACAGAGUGAAGAGAAGAAGGACAGAGUGAAUUGUCACAGGUGAACUUUUUUUUUCUUCAGUUGUCUUAAAGAGAUUUACAGACUCGAUGGCUCCCAAAGAAGUUAAGAACAAGGGCGUGAAAUCUCUCAAGGAAGUCCAGACAGUCACUGAGGGUUUGAAGUUUCUCUACCGGCAGAAGCUCCUUCCUUUGGAGAAGUAUUACGGCUUCUCAGACUUUCACUCUCCCAGUCUGGAAGAUGCGGACUUUAACAAUAAGCCCAUGAUCUUGGUGGUGGGUCAGUGUUCAACGGGGAAGACGACUUUCAUUAGGUAUCUUCUUGAACAAGAUUACCCAGGAGGCAGAACCGGGCCUGAACCUACAACCGACUGUUUCACUGCUCUCAUGCACCGCGAUGUGGAGGGGGUGGUCCCAGGCAAUGCUCUUGUUAUGGACCCUAACAAACCUUUCCGCAAGCUCAACUAUUUUGGCAACACCUUCCUCAACCGGUUCCAGUGUGUGCAUUUUCCAAACCAGGUCUUGGAAAGCCUCAGCAUUAUUGACACACCAGGAAUUUUGUCCAGCACUAAGAAAAGACUGAGCAGAGGCUACGAUUUUCCCGCUGUCCUGCGCUGGUUCGCUGAGCAUGUGGACCUCAUCAUCCUCCUGUGCGAUGCCCACAAACUGGAGCUCUCGGAUGAAUUCUCUCGCUCCAUCGUGGCGCUACGGGGAUACGAAGACAAGCUGCGCGUGCUGCUCAACAAGGCCGACAUGGUGGACACGCAACAGCUCAUGAGGGUUUACGGCGCCCUGAUGUGGUCACUGGGCAAAGUCAUAUGGACCCCGGAAGUCCUGAGGGUCUACAUCGGAUCCUUUUGGUCGUCGCCUUUCAGGACGUCUGAGAACCGUGUGCUGUUCGAGCGAGAGGAGGAAGAUCUCUUUAACGAGAUCCAGAACCUGCCUCGCAAUUCUGCCUUGAGAAAACUUAACGACUUGGUAAAGAGAGCACGACUCGUACGGACCCAUGCUUACAUUGUUAGCUUUCUGAAAGAGGAAAUGCCCUUGUUUCGUCGAGGUAACAAAAAACGUGACCUGAUUUAUGACCUCCCGGUCGUUUUCACGAGGAUCCAACAGCGCCAUCAGAUCUCAGCUGGAGAUUUUCCUGAUUGUGCAAAGAUGCAGGAGCGACUCAUGGAUUGUGACUUCACCAAGUUUAAAUCCCUCAAACCCAAACACAUCGCAGGUCUGGAUGAGCUCCUGACGUGUGACAUCGCCAAGCUGAUGCCUCUCCUGCGCCAAGAGGAACUCGCUGCAGCCGAGAAGCCCGGCGUCCAAGGCGGUCCUUUACUAGGAAAGAACAGAGGCCCGUUUUUCGAAGGGAACCCAUUCUAUUAUUCAGAUCCCUACGGAGAGCGUGAAGAUCUCGCUGAAGAAGCAUGGGCGGUCUCCAAAGACAAACCAAAAUACGACGAGAUCUUCUACAACCUGUCUCCUCAGGACGGCAAGCUCAGUGGGAUGAAAGUGAAGGACUGGAUGACCAGCACUCGGCUGCCCAACUCGGUCCUGAGCCGGAUUUGGAAGCUGUCCGACGUGGAUGAAGACGGCAUGCUCGACGACGAAGAGUUCGCUUUGGCCAGCCACCUUAUCGAGGUGAAGUUAGAAGGCUUCGGGCUUCCUCCUAAGCUCCCUGCUGACCUGGUGCCUCCGUCUAAAAGGAGACGCAAAACCUCGAGCACAGAGCACAAGGAAGACGAGGGAGGAGAUGUAGAGGCUUUGUCUGUAAAUAAUAAUGCUAAUUUGAGCAGAUGAACGAUCAGUCAGCAAGAUUUCCUUGUGAUUAUUAAUGGAAUUAUAAUCAACUCUUAUCUGAGUCUAAACAGUAAAAUAUUUCACCUUUUAGUAAAAGAUAAAACGACGUAACCAGAUAUUUUAUCCAAUAAUCCUACAGGACAGAGAUUCCUAAAUAUUCUUAAGGAUUUCUUCAAUAUUUAUUCUUAAAUUUUUUAAGAUUAAAAAACAAACACACAACCACAAACCUUUUACAAGGUGCAUUGUAAUAUAAAAAUAUUAUAAAAUCAUUUCAUGUUAAAAUCAUAGUCAUAUUUUUAAAUUUUUUAUUAAUAUCGCAGUUAGAUUAAUGUUGACGUUUAUUUUGAACAUUAUUUUGCUUUCAUGUGACUCUGCAGACCGAUAAUCUUAUUACUACAACAAAAAAAUGUUAAUAACUGUAACAGCUAAAAAAACAAUAGUUAACAGUUCUCUUCAUCAUCAUCAUCAUCAUCAUGUCAUUAAAUAAAUGAAUAUAAUGAAACUACAUUGGGGUUUGAGAGGGUCGAUAACAUUGAAAAGCAGUGAUGUAUAAUAUAAGAGAGUAAGAUAAACAAAGAUUCAUUCAUUCUUUUUAUAUUUUACAGACAUUUAUUUUCUAUUAGUUUUGUAAUUUGAUUUCAUUUACUGAACCUCAGUAAAUAUUUUCCACAAAUUAAAUCCUUUCAGCUACUUUUUUUAAUAAUUAAAAAAAAUCUAACAUAUACUACAAAAAAAAACAUAUACUAACACAAAUGCAUCUCAAGCAACAAUUUCAUGGCACAAAAUUGUAGAAAGUCUGAUACUGUGCCCAGGAGAUGGGCAUAUAGGCAAGGUAGAGGGACUAAAGAUUGAAAAAUGAUUUAAUUUCAAGGUAAAAAGUGUGUUUUGUUCAUUUUUAUUGCUAUAUUUACUAGCACUAUUUUACUUCCGCCUCUGUUCUAGAUUGUUCUUUGCUUGUUUACACUGCCACAUGCUUUUCUUUUGCUGCAUGUCUCAUCUCCGCCACCUUGUGAUGUCUUGUCAUUUCCUGUUUGCCUCAUAUUUUAGGAUUAAUUCCAACUGUUUAUACAGCUAUUUAAACCCUUCGUGUGUGUGUUGUCUUCUUUGUGAAGAAUACAUUCCGUGUUGGUUAGUCCACAGCCUCAGAUUUAACAAUUUGUAGUUGAAUAAAACACACGCUAUACCUGUGUCCUCAUCUGGACCUGUGUGCUCAGCCUGCACCUGCCUCUAUGUUCCAUGUGACAAUUGUCUAAAUCCUAAAAAAUUCGGAGACUAAGUGACACUGC